GGAUCUAGCUUGUUACUGUGUAGAGCAGCAGCUUUGCAGCUGUGAAGAGCUUUGUUGCUGUUUGGGAGCUGUUAAAGGAAAUCAUCAUCAGUCCUGUAUUGCACCAUUCAACUAAGUUGCUGUGAGAGCAGAAAGUGUGUCCUCUCAUUAAGUCACAGCAUGGGGGCAGGAGGCUACUCCAAGGACUAAUUGUCCAGAAGCUUUGCCAGAAGCAAAGAUUCAUCAAACUUAGAAAAGGGGCUAUCUGAAUGGCAAAAUUCAUCAGACUAACAAUUCACCUUUCACUGCUGCAAUAUACUUCUAAUUAAAAGGAACUGGAUCAUCCUCACAGGGAAAAAAACAUUUUAAUGAAAUGGUCGGUAGCAAAGAACAGAUGAUGGGAACUGUUCUAGGAAAAAAAUAUUAAGGCAAAACAAAAGUCUAUAUUCCUGGCACACUGAAGCUCUAGUUAACUGGUGCUUGAAAUAUAAAGAAGAGGAAGAAAAGCAUUCCAGGCAUCCAAAUGCUGAAAAGGACCUGCUGGAUCAGAAACAAUGAAAGUGUAAGGAAAGCCUGCUAAAAGGGGAAUUCAAAGUGCUGUGUGUUAUGUGUAGGCAUUUGAACUUUAACGUGCAUCUGAUGGUAGUUUGCUCAGCUCCUGGAUGGCAGGGAUUAUGCUCUCUGUGGCAUGUUUGUAUUCUGCUACAUUUACAAGGAUGUAAUGCCACUGCAACAAUCUACGGCAAAUUACUCGGCUACGAAGGAAUAACAAAUUGGGCUUCUUGCUGUCAUAUCAAGCCACAAAAGUCAUGAAGACCAGCCUUCGGGUCAUUUUGUUAGCUUUAUUUUCCAAAGCUGUUUUGCUUUCCUCAAGUGACCACAACUUUGUGAGGAAAGAAAUAAAGUUUGAGGGUGACCUUGUUUUAGGAGGGUUAUUUCCUAUAAAUGAGAAAGGUAGUGGAAUGGAUGAAUGUGGCAGGAUUAACGAAGAUCGAGGCAUCCAGCGACUUGAAGCUAUGCUUUUUGCAAUUGAUCAGAUUAACAGAGAUAGUUUACUUCUUCCAGGAGUCAAAUUAGGAGUUCAUAUUUUGGAUACCUGUUCAAGAGACACAUAUGCUUUGGAGCAAUCCCUUGAGUUUGUUAGGGCUUCUUUAACUAAAGUGGACGAAGCUGAGUAUAUGUGUCCAGAUGGGUCAUAUGCCAUUCAAGAAAACAGCCCCUUGCCUAUUGCAGGAGUCAUUGGUGGCUCCUACAGCAGUGUUUCUAUACAGGUUGCUAAUUUGUUGAGACUUUUCCACAUUCCUCAAAUAAGCUAUGCUUCCACCAGUGCCAAACUUAGUGACAAAUCUCGGUAUGACUACUUUGCUAGGACAGUGCCACCAGACUUCUAUCAAGCAAAGGCAAUGGCUGAGAUUUUAAGAUUCUUUAACUGGACAUAUGUCUCUACUGUUGCCUCAGAAGGAGACUAUGGGGAGACAGGAAUCGAAGCCUUUGAACAUGAAGCAAGGUUGAGAAACAUAUGCAUUGCCACAUCGGAAAAAGUUGGAAGGUCUAACAUUAAAAAGUCAUAUGAUAAUGCCAUAAAGGAGCUCUUACAAAAGCCAAAUGCAAAGGUUGUUGUACUUUUUAUGAGGAGUGAUGACACUAGGGAGCUUCUGGCAGCUGCUAAUAGAUUUAAUGCUUCCUUUACAUGGAUUGCCAGUGAUGGAUGGGGAGCCCAAGAAAGCAUUGUUAAGGGUAAUGAACAUAUUGCAUAUGGAGCAAUUACACUGGAGCUUGCUUCUCAUCCUGUUAAAGAAUUUGACAAGUACUUCCAAAGCCUUACACCUUACAAUAACCACCGUAAUCCAUGGUUCAAGGAUUUUUGGCAGCAAAAAUUUCAGUGUUCAUUGCAGAACAAAAACCAGCAGGUAAAGUUUUGUGAUAAACGUCUCAAUAUCAACAGUUCUAACUACGAACAAGAAUCCAAAAUAAUGUUUGUGAUCAAUGCUGUUUAUGCAAUGGCCUAUGCAUUAAACCAAAUGCAGCGUACUGUGUGCUCAAACACCAACAUGCUGUGUGAUGCCAUGAAGGUCUUAGAUGGGAAAAAACUCUAUAAAGAUUAUCUGCUGAAAGUAAAUUUUACAGCUCCUUUUAUACCCUCCAGUAAUACAGACAGCAUUGUGAAAUUUGAUGCAUAUGGAGAUGGAAUUGGCUUAUACAAUGUGUUCAAUUUUCAGUAUCACAAUGGGAAAUAUUCCUACACGAAAAUUGGCCAGUGGGCAGAAACCUUGUCGCUGGAUGUUGACAUAAUACAGUGGUCCAAAAGUUCAGUUCCAACAUCACAGUGCAGUGACCCCUGUGCUCCAAAUGAAAUGAAGAAUAUGCAACCAGGAGAUGUUUGCUGCUGGAUUUGUAUCCCAUGUGAAAAAUAUGAAUACCUUGCUGAUGAGUUCACAUGCAUCGACUGUGGGGAAGGGCGAUGGCCUACAGCAGACCUAACAAGUUGCUUUGAUCUGCCAGAAGAUUACAUUAAGUGGGAGGAUGCCUGGGCAAUAGGGCCAGUGACCAUUGCAUGCCUUGGAUUUGUAUGUACUUGCCUGGUUGGAGGAGUCUUUAUCAAGCACAAUAGCACACCUUUGGUCAAGGCAUCAGGGAGGGAACUCUGCUAUAUUCUCCUGAUUGGCGUUUUUAUGUGUUAUUGUAUGACAUUUUUCUUCAUAGCCAAACCUUCUCCUGUCAUAUGUUCUCUUCGCCGUUUGGGACUUGGAACAUCUUUUGUUGUUUGUUAUUCUGCUCUGCUAACCAAGACAAAUCGUAUUGCCAGGAUAUUCAGUGGUGUAAAAGAUAGUGCCCAAAGACCAAAAUUCAUCAGUCCUAAAUCACAAGUUGUCAUAUGUCUCAGUCUCAUCUCAGUUCAGAUUGUUGUUGUAUCUGUGUGGCUCAUGUUGGAAUACCCUGGCACAAGACGCCAUACACUUCCUGAAAAAAGAGAAACUGUUGUAUUAAAAUGCAAUGUCAAAGAUUCAAGUAUGCUUAUUUCAUUGACAUAUGACGUAGUCCUGGUGAUAUUAUGUACUGUAUAUGCCUUCAAAACAAGAAAAUGUCCGGAAAAUUUUAAUGAAGCCAAGUUCAUUGGAUUUACAAUGUAUACAACUUGCAUUAUUUGGCUUGCUUUCCUGCCUAUAUUUUAUGUCACGUCCAGUGACUACAGAGUCCAAACUACAACAAUGUGCAUCUCAGUAAGCCUGAGUGGUUUUGUAGUUCUCGGGUGCUUGUUUGCACCAAAAGUUCAUAUCAUCCUGUUUCAACCACAGAAAAAUGUUGUUACACACAGACUGCAUCUAAAUAGGUUCAGUGUUAGUGGUACUGCAACCACAUACUCACAGUCCUCUGCAAGUGCACAUUACACGCCAACCAUUUGCAACGGAGGAGAAGUUCUUGACUCCACCACAUCAUCCUUAUAAAUGUGAUCAGAAUCUAUGUCUUGAAGCUUUUUAGACUGUUAGAUUUUAUGCACUUGUUGUGCAGUUCUGUAACUUUUUUUAGAAAAACAAAAAAUAUUUUUGAGAACUGUAUAGCUUAAUGUUCUAGAGCUUUUUAGACUGGUACAAUGACCACAGCUGUUGACACAUUUAGACGACAUGUAAAUAGGGUACAUUCUCCAUCAGAAACUGCAAAUUUCUAGAGCUCUAGGAGUUGUAAAACUACAGGGCAACACCCCCAAUUAAAUACAGUGUGGGAUGCUGGAAUUUGUAGUUCUAUAACUGAUGGAGUGCAAGAGGUUUCCUGCUGAACACCGUCUGCAGUGUCCACUUAACAGUAAUAAAAUAACCAACAUCUGCCAUUUCAGUAUUAAAAGUCUUUUACUUUUUUGUAAAUUAGGUUAUUGUUGUAACCAGUUUUAGAAUGCAUUACAGUUACUUGCUGUUACCCAAUAUGUAAAGGUAACUGGAUGUUUUUGCACAACAGAAGUAUUAAUGUAGCUUCCGGUGAUUUAAAAAAAAAAAACCUUUUUGAGGGUUUUAAGCAUGUUUUUCUCAAUAACGAUAAAAUACUUUGUUGCACUGAAUGGAGAUGUAAUGGACAAAUAACAAAGAAACAUGAAUGUA